AUGGCGGGCUCUCGUAGUCUUUACAGCACAGCAAGUCUCCUUGCGCUUCUCCUCCGACCAACAUACACAUCAGCACAAUCCGAUCCACUAUCUUGCGCUAAUGUUGGUUGUCCUGUCCUCGACGACACCGCAAUCUCGAAUUGUUCAGUGGCGGGUACAAGUUAUCCCGUCAUAGGCCUCACCUCAAUCCGAACUCUCUCUGAAUCGAACGUCGAAUGGACAAUCGCAGUCAAUCAAUCCAAGACUGGUAACGAUUCGCUCAUCAAUCGUGCUUUCUAUCUAGGCGUCGAGUCAAGCGAUGUUCUCGACUCGCAGGGCCAAUCAGCAUGUUCUUUCUUCUUCACAACACCCGACGGUGGACCUCUAUUUUACGACCCCAUGACUUCCGUAUCUACAGAUUGUACCAGCCGCGAUGGAACGGAAUUCAGCAAUCAAUGCAUUUCGGACCUCAAGUCCCAAGCCAACAACUUAGCCACCUCGAAUACCGCCAUCUGCAACUCUAUCGCACAGACCUUGCAAGACAAUCCCCCGUCCUCUUGCCUUUGGUCCUCUGGUACGAAGGUUGUAGCUGUACCUCUUACAGGUCUCUUGGCACCGAAACCAAUCUCUGCAGCCGACAACGAAACAUCGAAUUGCUGGCCAACAUUGCCAAAGACUAACGAGCUGAUUCCGGUGUGGACGGCUAGCAUCUACGCCUCCACUGAGAACGAUACCGUCGUCAGGAGCGGCGCAGGUACUACACCAGUCAUGACAAUUUUCUUUUCGCAAGGCAACGAUGAGAAGUCGAGCACCGAGUUGGUUUGUUUGCGUCCUGUAGAUUUGAAUGAUAAGAGUGCUCAAACAAUGGAGGAUGGCACCAGUGGGGCUCAAGGGAUCGCUUACCUUGACAACUGCGACCUCCACAAUUUCUCCCUCGUCAAGCGGCUGUUCAACGACGUUUCAAGGAGACAUCUGUACAGAAACAUCGUCAUCAGAUUUUCCUCACCAGACUUGCUCGACAUUGCGGUUGCCACUUGGGCUCGUAUACUGAAGCGUGCCAACGCUUUCAAAUAUGUACGACAUGUCAAAGUACUUGCGAAACAACUCCACGAUUACCGUCGUGACUGGGAUGGCGAUUUCAACCUGUGCGGAGAUGAUCCUAAAGCAACUUGGAAGUACUGUAUGGUGAAACAGUUCGGUGAUUGGACAUGGAAUGAUCUCAGUCGCUUCAUGUCCAAUUUUCCCAAACUACAAGAACUUACAUGGGGAUGUGAAGAGCAGAUUCCUGCCUCUGUUUUCAGAGGCGUCACUCAGAACCACCCAGGCCUUCGGUUGCACAUGCGAAAUUUCAAGCUGAAAAGCCUGAACAAGAGUCCCAGAUACCCAGCAGUUUCUGCAUUGACUCCUUACGAAAUUGAGCUGGCUACUUCACCGUGUCUUUCCAGCAUAACCAUGUGGCUUCGAGACGUAUAUACGCAUGCCUUUGAACAUACCAUCAUGGACAUGCUUGCAGGUGCGGCACCAAACUUACGAAAAGUCGAUUUGUACGCGACCGACGUCGACCACGAACGCGAAAUUGCACCUAAGCAUCGGCGAGGUGCUCAACCCCCUACACCCUCUUCAAGUCUGGGUUUAUUGCGGCACUUUGGAGUACACACGAACGAACAGCUUAACGCUCUGACAGAGCAUAGUCUUGUGACAGAUUUCUCGAGAUUGGAAAGUCUCGAAUUACAUCAUGUCGUGGGAACCGCAGAACUACGCUGGCUGGCUGACGUACACCUUCCAGCUCUCGAGCAUCUGGCAUUCAAUAUGACUGACAUGUCCCGUGAUGUUGAUGUGCCUGCGAGUGAGUUUGUGGCAGAAAUGAACGAAGUUGUUAUGGAUCUCAUUCCUUCCUUACCUGCUUUGCAAAGCAUCAAGAUGGCUGGACCGUUCGAAGAACAAACGAUCAGAGUCCUGCUUGACCACUGUGGCCACAACUUACAACGUCUGCUAUUGUCAACCUACAAUCUGGAUUCGAUCUACGAUGCGUUGCUCGUACCAGCAGCUACUGUUGAUGGGGAUCUUAUCCAAGAGAUUCGACAAAAGUGCCCGAAUUUGGAGAAGCUAGCUCUGACAGUUCUGAGGUCAAAGGACGAUCCUGCUGAGUUCGCCAUAUACCGUGCUCUCGGAACAUGGAGUUGA